AUGUCAUUAUGCAUUGUUUACAAGAAUAGUCGUGGUGAUUUUCACCAUUAUCUAAUCAAAGAGCGAUUUGAUGAAAAUCUUGGUACAAAUCUGCUUUAUGUAGAUUGUGGUGACGAAGAACCACCUGAAUUUAUUGGCAUUGAAGCACUUAUCAAAUAUUACACCAUUUAUGCAUCGUUGCAUUCGUUUUCACUGGCAAAUGGACUUAAUGUGGACGUUUUCCCAUGGUGGCAUUUAAUCAGCAAUGUUUGA